GCGCUGGCGGGAGGAGCAGAAGCCCGCGGAGCCAGAGGAGGAGGAGGAGGAGGGCGCCGAAGGCGCGAAAAGGCGCGCAGGCGCGCUGUGCGGAGCGGGCCCGCCGCCGCCCACGUCACCGCGCCGCGCGCACGUCACGCCGGCCCGACGCUCGGCCAGGGAAAAUCAUUUUCUUCUCUGGAGGGGGGACGUUCAUAGCACGAUUUCCCGGAUCUGGUAACAUGGCAAAAGAUGCCGGUCUAAUUGAAGCCAACGGAGAGCUCAAGGUCUUCAUAGACCAGAACCUGAGCCCGGGAAAAGGCGUGGUGUCCCUGGUGGCCGUUCACCCAUCCACGGUAAACCCGCUGGGGAAGCAGCUCUUGCCGAAAACCUUCGGACAGUCCAAUGUCAACAUUGCCCAGCAAGUGGUCAUUGGUACGCCGCAGAGACCGGCAGCGUCACACACUGUCGUGGUAGGAAGCCCACACACCCCCAACACUCACUUUGUCUCUCAGAGCCAGCCCUCCGACUCCUCACCUUGGUCUGCCGGGAAACGCAACAGGAAGGGCGAGAAGAAUGGCAAGGGCCUGCGGCACUUCUCCAUGAAGGUGUGCGAGAAGGUGCAGAGGAAGGGCACCACGUCCUAUAACGAGGUGGCGGACGAGCUGGUCGCGGAGUUCAGCGCCGCCGACAACCACAUCCUGCCUAACGAAUCGGCUUACGACCAGAAGAACAUUCGACGGCGCGUCUACGACGCCUUAAACGUGCUCAUGGCCAUGAACAUCAUCUCCAAGGAGAAGAAGGAGAUCCGGUGGAUCGGCCUCCCCACCAACUCGGCUCAGGAAUGCCAGAACCUGGAGGUGGAGAGACAGAGAAGACUUGAAAGAAUAAAACAGAAACAGUCUCAACUUCAAGAGCUUAUCCUACAGCAAAUCGCCUUCAAGAACCUCGUGCAGAGGAACCGGCAUGCGGAGCAGCAGGCCAGCAGGCCACCGCCGCCCAACUCGGUCAUCCACCUGCCCUUCAUCAUUGUCAACACCAGCAAGAAGACCGUCAUCGACUGCAGCAUCUCCAAUGACAAGUUUGAGUACCUGUUCAAUUUCGACAACACGUUCGAGAUCCACGACGACAUCGAGGUGCUGAAGCGCAUGGGCAUGGCCUGCGGGCUGGAGUCCGGCAGCUGCUCCGCGGACGACCUCAAAGUGGCGAGAAGCUUGGUGCCGAAAGCUCUGGAACCGUACGUGACAGAGAUGGCUCAGGGAUCCAUCGGCGGCAUCUUCCUCACCACGGCCGGCUCCACGUCCAAUGGCACGAGGCUCUCCACCAGUGACCUGACCAACGGCGGGGACGGGACGCUGGCCACCAGCUCCAACGGGUCCCAGUACAGCGGCUCCCGGGUGGAGACCCCGGUGUCCUACGUCGGGGAGGAUGACGACGAGGACGACGACUUCAAUGAGAACGAGGAGGACUGACGUCCACCAGGCGUCCGGCUCCAGCUGCGGGAGGAGCUGCCGAGGGAAGAGGAGCUGUUCUAACGUGGGUUUUUCUGUUUCUUUUUGGCCGACUCC